AAGUAUCUAUAUAAGGCAGAUUUGGUUUCUUCCAAGACCCAUUAUACCGUGCGUUAACUCAAGGGCUUCUGUUAUUUUGGAGGUAUAAGUAGUAUUCAUUUAUUUCAUACAGCUAUGGCGAGAACGGAGCCUGUUCAGAUAACAGUAGUCGGUUCUGGUACAAUCGGCCUUUCUUUUGCCGCUUUCUAUACCGUCUCGCACCGUUACUACACGAUCACGAUCUAUAAUACUCGACGCAAGCCCGACUCGUACACCAACUCUAAGUUAUUGGCAUUGCUACCUUUAGACCACCCAACACCUGCAAUCAGGUACGCGAGUACACUUCAAGAAGCCGUUCAAAAUGCCUCCAUAAUUCAAGAAUGUGGCCCAGAAAAUCUGCUUUUCAAGCAGAGCCUAUGGUCCGAAAUCGAGCGCUUUGCUCCACAAGAUGCAUUACUAUGGAGCAGUACAUCCGGCAUUCCUGCUUCUCUACAAUCUCAGAGAAUGCAAGAUAAAUCGAGGUUGUUAGUUGUGCACCCAUAUAACCCACCGCACAUUAUGCCUCUUCUUGAGCUCGUCCCUUCGGCGGAAACAUGUGAAGAUGUAAUUCAACGCACGAAACAGUUCUGGGUAGAAAACGGACGAGUACCAGUACAUAUCAAAAGGGAGAUAACAGGAUUUGUCGCGAAUCGGCUUGCCUUUGCUUUACUUCGUGAAGCAAUUCAUCUCGUUCAUCAAGGAAUUGUAAGUGUCGAGGAGGUCGACAACAUUGUGGAGAUGAGUAUGGGCCCCAGAUGGGCUGUUGCUGGGCCAUUCAAGAGUUACCAUGCUGGAGGUGGGGAAGGAGGAUUAGAAGGAUUCUUUAGGAAUAUUGGCGGGACGGUACAGGCAUGUUGGGAGGAUGGGGGAAGGAUCAGUGUUGGUGGAGAGUGGGAAAAAAUAGUCUUCGAGCAGGCGAAGGAGAUAUAUGGGGUCAUUGAUAUUGAGGAGAGGGAUCGGAUUACAAGUAAGGUACUGGAGGCCGUAAGAGGAGAAUGCACAAGUCAAAGCAGCUGCUACGAUUGUGGAAACAUGUAAUCGCAGAAG